ACUGAAAUUUCAGCCCAUUGGCCUGGGCGCUUUGAGAUAAUAUGCAUGAGUACACUAUCGAUGAUGAGAUCCAUAUUCCUAUCUUCUUCCUUCCGGAUUUCUACAUGAUGCACUGGUGGAACUUAAUCUGCGGCCUGUGCAUUUUAUCACCCAUUACCCAUAGUUGCAUGAGUCAAUCAGUUAUAAGAUUGACCACCCCUUCCAAGUCUUAAUUAGUUCUCCUGAAGAUUAGUUGCCUGCAUGUAGUACGUGCAAGCUUAACAAACAGCUAAUAGAUAGAUGGAUUUCAAAAGCAGGACCUCUCCAUAGGCAUAUAUACGAGAUUCCCUCUAGCUAGGUCAACACUUAGAAAAUCGAUCGGAUUAUUCCAGUCGCGUGUUUGGGUCCAUGUUGAUCAGAACCAACACGGCUCCACGCGUGCAUUAUCUAAUCUCAUCUCCUCUUGGAUACCAACCAAAAUAUGCUUUUGAACAAACCAAUGGCGCCAAUACCAGGCCUGCUAGCUAGGAGCUUUCAUUUAUUUUUUCUAUAGAAAAAUCCAAAUUGCUCUUUGUGCAAUGUUAAAGAUGGCUGCUAGACCACACUGGUCUGUUCCAAACACUUCCGGAUCUUACUUGCACUGGAUAUUCCAACCCAUGCAUGCAUGAAGGACACCCUGCUAGCUAGUGCAUAGAAAGAAGCACUGCCCUUUUGUAGCUCUAUAAAAGGAAGCCACCCCUCUGCUAGCAAACCAUCCAGGUUUCCUCUUUGGCACAACACAAGGCAGCAACAACUAGCUACUAGCUACUCAAAGGCUCCAUCACAUUUCAAAGUCCUCUUCAAACUUCAAAGCAAAGCAGGCUUAGAGAUCCGUGCACGUACACACAUAAUCCAUUAGAAGAACUUAUUUUAGAAGGCAGAUGGAUCGCGUGAUGAAGCUGGCGUCGGAGAGAGCGGUGGUGAUCUUCACCCUGAGCUCCUGCUGCAUGUGCCACACCGUGGCGCGGCUCUUCUGCGACCUGGGUGUCAAUGCACUGGUGCACGAGCUCGACCAAGACCCUAGGGGAAAGGAGAUGGAGAGAGCUCUCCUCAAGAUGCUCGGGAAAGGCCCGUCUGUUCCAGUGGUGUUCAUCGGCGGGAAGCUUGUCGGCGGGACAAACAGGGUCAUGUCCAUGCAUCUCAGCGACGAGCUUGUCCCAAUGCUGAGGAAUGCAGGUGCCCUCUGGCUAUAGAGGAAUGCAGGUGCCACUUGGGAAAAUAAAAUUUUGUCAAAGAGUGUCAAGUAUAUGCAUUUUCUUAGAAUAACUUAACUAAUGGCCUGGUUAGCGUCGAUCGAACAGGUUUUUUCAAUCCUGUUCCGACAAUAGCAAGGCUUAUAGCUCGCUAGGAGCGAGUUUUAUGUACGAGCGACGUUCGUGUUGUAAUCCCAGCGCUAUUUGUGCAGGUGUACAAUCUUUUCUCAAAGAACCUGCACAACCUUUUCUCAAAGAACUAGUUGAUAAAUAAAUGUAUAAACAGUUCAUUAUCAAAUGAUAUGUGCACAUCUCUAACCUAAAAAUUGUGUAUGGUUGCAUUGCGUAUUGUCAUCGUCUCCUGUUUGUUUUACUAUAAUAAUUAUUAUUUUCUGUCACCUAUGCAUCGGCACCUCCCGUGAUCUGGCCGGCACGGUGGUGGUCCAGCGGCUGUUCGGGGGAUGCAGCAUCAACGGCGGCCACGCGAAUAGAUAUGUGGUGGAGCGGGAAUAGUACGGCUUUGACUUGCCACGCCUAGGCGCCAUCGGCCUCUACUACAAUGGCUCUGUGGCACGUGCAUGCGUACGAGGUGUUGAAGCUCCCGUGAUGACGUUCGACUCUCUCUGAGGUGCGGUAUUUCGUGUUUGCAAAAGGAUGGCUGAUGAUGUGUGGCGACCCCCGGAAAUUAAUUGCACUAAGCUGAAUGUGGAUGCAAGUUUUUUGGCUGAUUGUCUCCAAGGAAGUACAGGGGUAGGUGUGCGCGAUCAUGAAGGUAAACUCAUUCGUGCCCAGGCACUAUGGUAUGAAUAUGCAGCCAAUUCUUUUGUUAUGGAGGCGUUGGCUAGAGAUGAAGUCCGACUUGCAGGUAAUAUGGGUCUCCGGAACAUCAUCGUUGAAACUGAAGCUUUGGCUAUUACGAAGCUCUGGAAUACCAAUAAUUUUGGGCGUUCAGAAAUUGCUGUUGUGCUUCAGGAAAUU